AUGAACCCUCUCCUUGGCAAGCUCACCAAGCUGCUCGGCGAAGAGUACAGGAGGCUCACCGGUGUGAGGAAGCAGGCCUCCUUCCUCAAGGAUGAGCUAAGCGCCAUGAAAGCUCUUCUUGACAGGAUGGAGCUUAUGGAUAAGAUCGAUCCCUCGGCCAAGAACUGGAGGGACCAUGUUAGGGAGAUGUCCUAUGAUAUGGAGAAUUGCAUCGAUGACUUCAUGCAUGAUACUGAAGACGCCUAUGAAAAGAAAGGCUUCAUCAGAAAGAUGGCUCAGCGUCUCAGAAGGUUGGGGAGGCGUCAUCAGAUCGCAAACAGGAUCAAGGAGCUCAAGGUUCUUGUGGUGGAGGCGAAUGCUCGACGUGAGAGGUACAAGAUUGAUGAGUUCAUCAACUCGAGUCCUAGCAUCGUGGUUACGGAUCCCCGUAUUUCAGUGAUCUACAGGGAGAGAGAAGGCAUCAUUGGUAUUGAUGGCUCGAAAGAAGAGCUUGUUGGCUUGUUGAUGGAUUCUAAGAAGAAACUCAAAGUGGUUUCCAUCAUGGGGUUCGGAGGUUUGGGUAAAACUACGCUUGCCAAGCAAGUGUAUGAUGAGAUUGGAGGACAGUUUAACUGCAAGGCAUUUGUUCCAGUCUCUCAAAGACCUGAUGUUAAAAGUCUUCUGACUGGCCUACAAUUAAAGCUUGGGAUGGAGGAUUCUUCUCAUGCUCAAGAGUUGCAAGACAUCAUUGACCGCCUAAGAGAAUACCUAAAACAUAAGAGGUACUUAGUUUUAGUUGAUGACUUGUGGGAUGAACCAACAUGGAAUAUUAUUAGUUGUGCCUUUCCAGAACAUGGUAAUGGAAGCAAAGUAAUGGUAACCACACGAUUAGAUGACAUAGCUCUCUGGGCGUGUCAGAAUGAUCAUGCGUGCAUUUACAAAAUGAAGCCACUCAAAGAACAAGACUCAAGACAGUUAUUUUUUAAUAGAGUAUUUGGAUCCAAAAAUGACUGUCCAGAACAUUUUAAAGAAAUUUCAGCUCGAAUUCUCAGGAAGUGUGGCGGAUUGCCACUUGCAAUUAUCACCAUAUCUAGCAUCUUAGCUAGCCAAGAAGCAAGAUCACCGAAUGAAUGGGAGAGCAUAGUGAGUUCCCUUGGUGCCAAGAUUUCUACAAAAUCCACCUUCAAAGAGAUGAGGGGUAUACUGAACCUUAGUUACAUCCAUCUUCCUGAAGUCUGA